GAAAGCUCGAAAGCACGAAAUCGCACUCGACCAAGAGGUUUUUUUUCCCCUCUUCUUCCCGACAAACCCAACAGGACGUUAAUCAGGGAGUAAAGUUUAUAUAUAUUUUUUUUUUAAAUAAAUAAUUUCCACGGAGAAGUGUUGCGUCAAUCGACGCCGACAGCUGACCUCCCCAACGUCAAAAUGGCAGGACCGACACCACCGACCGACUAGUUCCACCCUCCCUUCAUCUCACCCGGGCACAGUGUACCUUUUCAUCCGUUGUUUUUCUUCUAUUCUUCCAGUUUUCCUUGUUGUUUUUUCUCCCUCUCCCCAGUACGAUUAUGACUAUUCAAGGGCCGUAUCUCGACAGGGAGAGGAACGGCCGCCGGGAUUAGACGAGACCGAACGGACCCACAUACCGUAUCCGUCCCAUUUUCGACGAAGAGACCAGGAGGCGGAAUAAAAAGAUAACAGGACGAGAGAGAACCUGCAGGAUGUCGAGGAGGGCCAACACGGCCACAGCCCGGCUCAAGCAGGACUACUUACGCCUCAAGAGGGACCCGGUGCCAUAUGUCGUCGCCGAACCCAACCCGUCAAACAUACUCGAAUGGCACUAUGUGGUUUUCGGUCCGAAGAACUCGCCAUAUGAGGGUGGCAUGUACCACGGCAAGCUCCUCUUCCCACGCGAGUUCCCGUUCAAACCACCCAGCAUAUACAUGAUCACACCGAAUGGGCGCUUCAGGCCAAACACAAGGCUCUGCCUGUCAAUAAGUGAUUUCCACCCAGAUACAUGGAACCCGGCGUGGAGUGUUUCGACAAUACUCACCGGCCUGCUCAGCUUUAUGCUUGAACAAAGCCCGACUCUCGGCAGCAUAGAAACGACUGAGGAUGAGAAACGUCAACAUGCGUACAGGAGCCUCAGCAUUAACCUCAAGGACCCUCAAUUCUGUGAUCAAUUCCCCUCACUCCUACCGGACAUAAAAAAGGAGCUGGAAAGGAGGGAGCUGUUAGAAGAGGAAGCUCGUAAAAGACAGAUGGCCGAAGGCGGCCUACGAGGCCAGCUCAACAGCCAGACGGUGCAGUCGGAUGCAUCAGCCCUCUCGUCAGCCAUUUCCAACAUAUUCGUAGUUAUAGGCGUAGCCGCGUUUGUCCUGGCUGUCAAGUACGUCGUGGGGACGACGCCGAUGGAGUAGACUCAGCUGAAUUCCACCCUUCCCUCCCCCGAUCUUUUUUUUUCUUUUUUGUAUAACAUUUGACAUAUAAAUACGGCAACAUAUGAAAUGAAAUUUUAUUUAUUUGCUUUUAAGGGUUGUUAUCCAUCUCUUAAGCGGACACAGUGAAACAUCUACGACACCCACAUACUAAUUUUUUUCUUUAUUGACAUUCCUUUAUAAUGGUUAAUUUUGUGCGAAAAAAUGUGUAUAUAUAUUAUUACUCUUUAUUAGCUACUUAUUAUCCAUAAGUAUAACAAUAAACAUAUCUGAAGCAAAUAUGUUAAUAUAAAAAAAUCCUAUCAUGAAAUUAGACUACUGCUAGAGUCUGACAAGGAUGAAUUUGUUUAAAAAUUUCAAGAUCUCAAAGGUCAAACUUAUGUAUAAAACACUUUCUAUUUUUUCUUCCACAGGGGCAGCAGGGACAUUGAUCAUAAUUUUAUACUAAAAAAA